AGAUCAACUUUAAAAAGGCGCGAAGAUUCGAAGGAAGACAUUUUGAUUUUCACCUUUCACCGAUUUACAGUGAAAAUUUAGUUCGAGUUCACCUUAGCUGAGGAAAAUGGUACGAACGAAAGCAGACGGUGCUGGAAGAAGAGCUGUUGGUGCUAAAGCACCUCGUAAGCAAGUUGGUGGAGGGUCAUCAUCAGCUGCCAGUAGUUUUGGUUCACCAACUAGUUCAGGAAACAAGAACAAGUAUAAUGGAGGAAACCCUGUAAAAUGGUGGCCUUCUCCCAAAUGGCAGAAAGGGAUUGGAGAUUUCUUUCCCAAAGAUAGCACAAGUAGUGAAGUUUCACCAGAAAAACCUGGCCCCUCAGUUGCAAAUGAGUGCCCAGGGACUUCGUCUGAAGCACAAGGGAUUGAGGGAAUUGAAGAAAUUGUGGAGGACUAAUGAACGUCCUCUUUGUUUGCAGCUCUCAGCAUCAACAGAUUGGCAUAACCCUUCUAUGAGAACUAUUUAUUCUGUUUGAUUUCACUUUUUACAUAUAGUUUUCACCUCAUUAAAAGAAAUCUGUUGCAGCUGAUGAUUUGCCUUAUCUAAAAAAAAUAAUUACACAUAUUAUUUGCAUAUACCUUUUCCCCUGGUUGGUGACAGCACAUGCAAUUUAAAACCAAAGUUAGAUGCAAACUAGGGGACCUGAUGUAUAGUCGCUGAUGUUAAAAAUUGUACAAAUGUUUUCACUGCUAACUAUUUUAAUGAGUGUAAAGUGCUCGAUUGUUUGAUUAAACCAAAUUAAUGUGGAAAAAUUAGAUUACAAUAAUUUUACUUUAGAAACUUCAUUUGUGCAAGCAUUUUGCAAAAUAAUGUAUGCGAGAAAUAGGAAUUUCAAUACUCUGACUCAGGAUAACUGAUUUCAGAUAAUUUUCUUUCCUGUAGCAUUUAGGCUAUGUACAGAUGUAUGCAAGGACCUUUUACAUUUCGCUUUGAAUGUGGAUUUAUUAAAUUAUAUUACCAGUACUGUAGUCAAUGGUAAGCUGGAAUAAAUUAUAGAUUGAGAACAUGAUAUUCUUUUGUAUAGCAUUUUUGCGAAUAUUAAACUAUGAUUUGCCUUAUGUAUGGUGUCAGCAUACUGGUGGAUUUUAAGAGGCAAAUAUAGUCAGUCCCUGGUAUUUAAAAAACAGACAUCUACCCCAAAUUUAGAUCCAGUCUAGCAGAUAAAAUUUCUUGACUCAAACAGUUAUUUUGCUAUAAAAUUAUGAAGAAAUUUUUUGAUUGGACGGAUGCACUUGUCCCAUCAAAUUCAAAGACAUCAUAAUUUCACUACUGGAUAUCAAGCUAGGGAAGCCAUAGCCAGUAACGGUGCAAAAAAUAUGUAAAGAGCUAGGCUGUUGACCAGUGGACUAAACCAGGAGUUACUGUGGUUCUCACAUCUAAGUCUGAACAAAACUCCACUCUCAGUUAGGUCUUAAAGUUGAACUGAGAAGUGUGGAAAAUGGUAAAUCAGACUGAGAUAGUGAGAUGUUUGGUCACAAAUAGGGUAUGGUUUUUACAGUUUUUCAUCAUUGCUUGCUUCAAUGAUCUAGAUAGUACUGUUGUGUACUUCUUCCUGGGCUGUGACAAACAAUGAUCAGUAUAUUUAUUACACAACUAAGAUAGCUCAAAGGGCUAAUGACAAAAAUCAACCAAUCAUAUUGCUAUUGUUGAUCCAAAAUUUUCUGAGUAGUGAAUUGAGCACUCUGCUGAUCCUAUGUGACUUUUCUUAAAGGUUUUCUUGUAGUUUUCUGGCUUACUUUUCUAACAGAAUUAACUUUCAUGUAAUAGAUCCUUUUUCCUACAACUCUCUUUUCUUUAUUUAUUUUUUGUCAGAUAUGAGAAAACACCAGUUCAACUCUCAAUCAGAAUUGUAUGGUUUAAGUUUAGUCUUUUCAGUCUGUGAUCGUGGGAUUAUUUUGAAACAAUUUCACAUAACAAUGGCCCUUGUUCUUGCCGUGCUUAGUAUAAAGCUUUAAAGACUUUGGACCAACAUUCUCCUGGCACAACCCUUGAACCAGGUUAUUAAAACAUGUUUAUCAUCAAUUCAAACAUUACCACUCCUUUGCUAUUGACUUUUAGUAUAAAUCUAUUAGCAUUCUAUCACAAAUGCCAUUCUCUGAUUGGCUACACUACUCACUAUCUAUUCUGUUAUGUAGCAUAGGAGAGUGCAUUUGUUAACAAAAUGAUGGCUGCUUCUUUGUGUUUUCAAGGUGUCUGCCAAGAGGAUUUAGGUAAUGUUUUGAAUGACUUCUAGAUUUAUACUCAAGAUGUUAUUAGUUCAUAAUAUUUAUAUGCGUGAUAGAAAUCUCGAGCUCGUAAUCUAAUUGUUUAAUAAAAAUUCUUAUUAAAAUGUUCAGUUUGAAGAUUGUUUAUGAAUGCACUUCUUUUCCCAACUAACCAUGAGUAAAAUGUUUUUAUGAGUGCUGCCAAGCUCCUGAGGCAACCACAUACUGGGAAGUUAACCCACUGACAAGACUUCUAGCCACCGUCUCACUGAAACCUGGAGUUAAAGUGCAAACCCUUGAGAAGGCUUCAAUUUCACUGACACACCACCAAGUUAAGCAUGUUUAACUAACUAAAGCAAGGUUACAAAAAAGUUGCUAAAGUCACAUGCACGCCAAAACUAAACAAGGUAAAAACCUGUGUGAUUAUAAUAUCCUAGAAAGGUGGUUUGAAAUUUGUCUUCCCAAGAUAACUGAAAAGAAUAAAUAAUAUUGACAAAUUAGAAAAACCUUAACCCAAUUUAGUUGAACUGGUUUAGCUGGUGAGAAUGGCUAGUAACUAGUUAGUUACUUUCUGCAGAUGUGCAGGAACUGAUCAGUCACUAGCUAUUAGAAGAGUGGGUUUCAUUUGUGUCAAAAAUUGGUUUUGCAUUGCUACGGUACAUAAUUAGCUUAAAAAACUUGUGCCACUUUUUCAUCCAAUCAGAAGAAAAACCAAAACCAACAGUAACUUUUUCCCACACGUUUCCCAUGCUUUACUACAUGCACUUAUGCUACAUGUACAUGUAACAUAAUUAUACUAAGAUUUGAUUGAUUCAUUGGAUUACCCCUGUCCUUUGUGAUUGGCUAGAGUGAUUGGUUUUGGUGUUGACAUUCAACUGAAAACCACGUCAACAACUGUAAUAGUAAGACUAGAGAAACUAGCAAGGCAUAAUUAUAAAUUACUUGGUUUGGCCCAUCAUAAGUUAAACUCUACAUCCUGCACAGUAUAAAUGUAAUGUCUGAUACAGACUAUUUCGCUGUUCAAAUGAACAUUUGCUGUAGAAGAAAAAAAUUCGCACAAAACCAGCAGAGCAAACUGAGAAAAAGGUUUAUCUUUUAAUAAUUAAUCAUCUAAGUAUACAAAGAUUUUGAGACUUUCUUUAAAUGCUUUAAUGAUAAGGAAAAUAUUUUCCUGUAGACUGUACAAACCACAUGAUCUCUACAUAAAUUGACAAUUAUGAUGGACAAUUCUGUAUAAUUACAAAUCAGUGAAAAAUGACACUAUAUAUGAAUGACUAUGUUAUUCUGUUGGUUUCUCCCAAACCACUUGUGAUUGUCAAAAAAGGAAUUGUAAUUGAACGAUGGGUUGUCAUGAAACUAAAUCAUUGUGUCAGUAAAACAGGGCAACAAGAACAGCUUCUUCCCCUGUCUGGCCUGUCAUGGCAAUAAUCUCCAUAACUCAAUUACAAUAAAAAAUUCCAGAAUUCUUGUGAUAUUUUGUUGGAAUUAUCUUUGGGCAAGAUCUUGCAAUGGGUUGAUUUUUAGAAAGAACACAUUCUUUGGAUUAUUGGGAUGGCAGCCUGCAGUUUCUGAUAACUUUCUACUAUUAAAAAUGCAUUCAACUAAUGAAAACAAAAUCAUGCAAACAGAAACC